AUGUAUAUUACAACUUUAAUUGAUCAUCAAUCUGGUUACACGGAUAUCAUUCUCAAAGAUAGCAAGUCUAUUACUGAAUUUUUAGUUGGAAAGCUAUUAGUAUGGAACCACAAGUUCCCAGGCGAACACAUAACUUAUUUUUGCGCUGAUAAUGCAUCUGAAUUACCAAGUGCAUUGCUUUUGAUGAAUCUAGGAAUAACUAAGGAUACAAUUCCAGCACAUUGCUCAGCAAUGAAUGGGUUAGCUGAAUCCCAUAAUGUGAAAUCGAUCAAAACUGUGCCUCUGGUACUGCCUGGAUUUUUUCGUUGGAUAUCGUUCAUAUUCAAAUCAAAUCAAGAAGCUACUAGUAAUAAAGUGCAGUUGAACAAACUUGUGCCGCUGGUACAAUCUGAAUUUUUCGUUGGAUGUAUAUGUGCAUCUAAUGCUCAAUUGAAUAUGGUUAAGUAUGGUGAUGGUACUUAUGUUAUCAAGCCAUUGGCAAAUAUACGGUUUAAAGGUAGAAUGGUUAACAUUGCUGAAUACUACCAAGGGGCUGAUCCAUUACUACUUUCUGAAAGUCAAGAUAAUAUUGAAAAAUUAACUUCAUUGGUUGAGGUUGACCCUUCCAUUUAUGGAACUGAUAGUUCAGAUGAUAAAAUCAAGGCUUUGGCUUUGAAGUAUCCUGAAGUUCUCCACCAAUUUUAUUUGAAGUAUCCAAAUCUUAAAAAGAUUAGACUGGAGUCUGCUACCGGUCAAACUUCAAGGGGAGAAUCAGGGGUACCUGAUCCUGUCAGGGGAGAAUUGUCUACGACAGAUUCUUAUCUCACUGUCACUCCUGCUGCGUCUUCAUUGACUACGCAAGGUGAUUCCGUUACAGCUUCGAAUCAUGCAGUGCCUCGGCAAUCUGCAUCUUCGUUGCCUAUACGAGGUGAUACUGUUGCAUCUUCGAAUCCUGCGCUGCCUCGGCAUGCUGCGUCUUCGUUGACUGCACAGAAUGAUGCUGCUGCGGCUGUUUCCAACAGCACUGCGCACAUCGAUGUUGCUGCGACUGUUUUCAACAGAACUGCGCUCAUCCCUGUUGCUAUUGUCGGUGCACAAGAAGCUCAGGAACAUAUUCCAUCCCAUGCGCCUGGGACCGGAAUUACUACUCCCGUUCUUCCACGGGAUAGUACAGAAAUAGUUGUCAGUCUGGGUCAUUACGAUUCUACUGCUCCUAUUUUUGACCUUAUUCAAGGUACCAAUGAAGAUUUGCUGGAUCUUGCAAGCAUCAAAGCAAGCGGAUCGUUUGAUGACGGUACUACUCACAACCAUGAUGAUGAAGGAAUUUCCAGGAGCGAAGCACGUGGGGCUCUUUUGCUGACGGAUCGACACCAGAGUCUUUCUGUUGGCACUUCGACCUUAACAACCGGGACUCCUCCGGAAUCAUCCCAUUCGUCAGAGGCCAAGGGGGGGGAAUCUAGCCCAACAGAGCAGACACGGAGGACACGAGCUCCAAGGGCGGGCAACUCUCUUGACCCCGAAGUUUUUGGCAAUGGAACUGCUCUUCUGGAUCGGGAGCUUUUAGUGAAGUCAGUACCAGAUUCAGAGAAGAUGAAGCGAUCUAAGAGGCUAUUCGAAGAAGCUGAGAGACUAAGAAAUAGAAGAUCUGAAAUGAUUUUCAAAGAAGUUGAAAGACUUCGUUUAGAGUGUGGCUUAAACCUAAACCCUGAAUCUAGUCAUCAGCCAGAGUAUUCGAUAGCUAAGCGCAUGAUUGUCGAAGAAGCUGUUGCCACUAACACCGAUGCUGAUCUCACUAUCACUUAUGCUGCUUUAGCGCAAUGUGAUUCUGCUGAGCCUGAAAUGGCAAAGCAAGGUGAACCUGCUGUACCUCCUUUGGAUGAGCAUAGAUCAAAGCAUUCAAACAGAUUCAUUAAGAAUCCUGUUCGGUUCCUCAUCAACAUGCUUACCUCAUUUUGGUAG